CAAAUUUUAGUCAUUCAAAACUCCUCUCCCUUCUCUGCCAAAGACAAAAACAUCCCCCUAACAAAAAGCCUUAAACACAGCAAAAACAGCGCUUCCAGUUCUUCUCAUGCAGUCAUCAAAAGGUUUAGACCCAAUUCUGAUCGAUACCCAUUUCUCAGCCAUGCUCAGGCUCCUCAACAAGAGGCUCCGCCGCCUCUGCAGCCGUCUACGGUGGCCAAUCCGCCGCCGCCGCCGCUCCAAGGUAAGAGUUGUGAUAAGGAAGUUAGGGAAAUCCACUUCCACUCCUCUCGUUAAUGGGUCUUCAAUGGGUCAGCAUAAUGGUGAAUUGUGUGGUCAGAAAUCGGAGAAGUCAAUAAGGAUAGCCACUUUUAAUGCUGCCCUGUUUUCCAUGGCACCUGCAGUGCCCAAGAUUGAGAAUUCUUCUACCUUUGACUAUGAAAAUGAUGGUUUCGGUAAUGGAAGAAGCUCUCUUGAUGUCAAUCUGAGGGCCAAAUCGACGAAUGAUCGCCCGAGGAGUAUACUGAAGCAGUCUCCACUGCACUCAAAUUCCAUGAAUGGCACAGAAAAUCUAUCCAGACAGCAGAAAUUUGCAAAAUCGAAGUUACGGGUAUCGAUCAAUUUACCGGAUAACGAAAUCUCUUUACUCCGGAACCGACGAUUGAGCUCUACGGAAGAUGAAAAGGACUACCGGAGUAGUUCUGUAAGUAGGAUUUUGAAGGGAAAAGCUCCUCUGAGAUCGACGGUGAGUUUUUCAGGGAGUUCGGUAACCGGCGUUAAUGGCGUCGGCGGCGGCUUCACAAGCAGGAAGACGAUUCUGGAAGUGUUGAGAGAGUUGGAUGCCGAUAUAUUGGCGCUGCAAGAUGUGAAGGCGGAGGAAGAGAAAGCCAUGAAGCCACUCUCCGAUUUGGCUGCAGCCCUGGGGAUGAACUACGUCUUCGCCGAGAGUUGGGCGCCGGAGUACGGCAACGCCAUACUGUCCAAGUGGCCGAUCAAGCAGUGGAAAGUGCAGAAGAUUUUCGACGACACUGAUUUCCGGAAUGUUCUCAAGGCCACGGUUGACGUGCCUGGGGCAGGUGAAGUAAACUUCCAUUGCACUCAUCUUGAUCAUCUUGACGAAAACUGGCGAAUGAAACAGAUAAAUGCAAUAAUCCAAGGUGAUGAUGGUCCACAUAUUUUGGCCGGAGGCCUAAAUUCACUGGAUGAAACAGAUUAUUCCAUGGAGAGGUGGACAGACAUUGUAAAGUACUAUGAGGAGAUGGGAAAGCCUACUCCAAAGGUUGAAGUAAUGAAGUUUUUGAAGAGCAAACAGUACACAGACGCAAAGGACUUUGCAGGGGAAUGUGAGGCAGUAGUUGUGAUUGCCAAAGGCCAGAGCGUCCAGGGUACUUGCAAGUAUGGAACUCGGGUAGAUUACAUCUUGACGUCUCCAAACUCACCAUUCAAAUUUGUCCCAGGAUCAUACUCAGUUUUCUCUUCAAAAGGGACUUCUGAUCACCAUAUAGUGAAGGUUGAUGUUGUAAUAAAAUCAAAUGGGAGCGCUGGAGAAAAUGUCAGCAGAAAGAGACGGCAAGCCAAACAGAAAGUUGUAAAGAUAACAAAUAAUAGCUCUUCAACAAAAGGCAUAUGGAAAGCACAGUCAUGAGAGGUUGACUUCCUUUUUACCCCUUUUUAUAUCUAUGUAUACUAUAAAUAAUUUAUGAGUAUAGUGCAUAUUAGUUUUGAUUUUAAAAUAAUUAGAGUUUUAAUAUUAAAUGAUGUGAUUUCAUUUAAUUAAAAUUUAAUUUAAAAU